AUACAAAAAAAGAUAGAGGUAACUUCGGAAUUAUUAUAUAAAAUAUUGGAAGAAGCCUCCAUCCUUAGACGUUAUUUUUUACCUUCAUUGAUGCAAACUAGCUAUACAAUUUUGGUGGAACUUACCUACCCUAUCGCUAGUAUAAAUAUGGGUAUGUCGUCAUUUUUGGAGUCAUCGGUCUUGGAGUCAUUCUUGGAGUAUCGUUUGUGGGAGGAAGUGAGUACUUCUGGCAUCUUUGUUUUGUCUCCAUGGGAAAUUGUUCGAUCUGUUAUGGGUGUAUAG